UCUGCAUUUUUUAUUUGCCCUAAACUGAGGAAAUAUGGCAACCAUGUACGGACUGAACGGGACAAACGGUACGGAGUAUCACUGUCUGAUCCGGGACGACCUUUUCCAACACUUCUCGCUGAUUCCAGCCGUAGUCAUCAUCGCGAUUCUAUCGUGGAUAGAGGGGAGGAACCAAGGGCAGGGCACGGGCAAGAAAUGCAGCCAUUUCCGCUUUAGUCUACCAGUGCCUGUGGACUUCUUCGACACCCACUCCAACAGGUGGUCGUAUGCUGUGGCUUUCGGUGUGACCACCACGGCGUGUAUCUCUCUCUUCACGGACGCCUACAGCUCGAACUAUCUGCCGUACCUACACGACUGGCCGCUGUGGAGUCAGCUUCUGAUCGCCAUCGUGUCUGUGUUCGAACUCGGCGUGAACUACUACCCGUUCUUCGCCUGUAUGGCGUGUAAGGUGCAGACUGUGGGCGCCAUACUUGGGUUUUUGUAUAGUGCCACUUGGUUCUCUGUGAAAGUAGUGUUCGAAGUCCACUGUGCCGGACCUAUAGGACAGGACGCGUUCCAAUUUUUGGGUAAAUACGCGAAUGUUUUCAACAUCAUCGUACGCCUACCAACGGUGGUAUGCCUGUUCCUCUUGGUUGCCAAGUUCGCUAUAAUGAUCGAGGGGGCAAUAGAAGAACACGUCCGCCUACGCAAAGGGCCCCAACAGCCGGUUCAGAACACCAGGCGGCACAAGAAACUCAUGCACUUCCACCAUAAACUACACGUGAAGAGGUUACUCGUAAAACCCCAGGAGACCCCCGAACUGCCGUGGUAUCGCGAGAUGUGGUACAAGAGUGAUCCAGCCUUCCGAUUCUCUGCUCGCGUCAUCACCACAGUGGUCGUGACCUUCCUGUGCCUGUACGAGGUAAUCGUCAUCGACCUGUUCUUCGGCAACCUGCUGUGGAGUGACGUCAGAAACAUGGUCAACGCAACCAUCAACCACACGGUCGUGGUGGACAUCGACAAGAACUUCUGGGACGUCUUCAUUCCGUCUUGGAACAUCACGGGCAUCUUAACGGGGUUCAUACUGUUUCUGUACCUCUUGCGGAUCAUGGCUUGUUACCGUAAACACAUGCAGAGGCUGUAUAAGGGGGAUUACAAGUGGCUGCCCGAGUUUAAGCAAAGUAGUAGCUGGCAUGUCUUCCAGAGUUUGAAAUAUUCGGGAGCGCAGGUUGCGUACAUGAUAUGGGGGUACCUUAUUAUACAGACUAUAAUGAUGGUGAUUAUACUCAUUGUUUACGUACUGGUUAAGAACCCUGAGUUUGUAGUAUCAAGUCUUGAGGUCUCCCUACCCCCAAUGGGAGUGAGUAUUGCAGUCCUUUUGGUACAGUGGUGCCUAGGUAAGUAUGUGUUCCUACAGAAGCCAGAAGGCGAAGAAGACCAGCCGCUGUCUUUCCAGCACUUCAAGGCUUACCAGAACUUUGCCUAUUUCAUGUUCUUCUUUAACAUUAUCGUAGGGUUUUUCUUCUGCUUCUCUCGAGUGAUCAUUUCGCUCAUCUUUGGAGUUCUGCUGCUCUCUCGCAUCGAUAGAACAGUCUUAAUGGAGGGGUUUGAACAGGCAGAUGUUGGCUACCUGUUCUACUUAAGCAUGGUUAGAAUAGAAGUGGCACACACGCACCCUGUGCUCCUAUCCUUCUGUCAGCUACUUCUCGACACCACCACUACAACCAAACGAAACGGCCGGUACAGCUCCUAUGUCAUUGCACCAAGACCCCUGUAUGAAAGCAAGCCGCGCUGGCACUGGUAUCUAGCAUACACCCUUGUAAGAAAUCCACAAUUGCAGGAACUGAGAAAGAAAGUGACCAAACGUGAGGAUGUAGAAUUGAUAAACGCAGAACGGCAUGAGGAUAUUGACAGUAUUGGGGACACAGAGAACUUGUUUGCAGGAAGUAACGAUGAAGUCUUGAGAAAGCUAAGUUUUUUGAGUGAGCGAUCAGAAUCGAUGUCAGUAGUUAGGAGACAAACAACUGAGGCAGAGGAUGUCAACCUCCUGAGCCUGUAAACCUAACUACAUGUACAUGUACCUUAAAAAAGCCAGUGCUUUGGCCUAAUAGGUAAAGUGUUUGCCUUGCACUUGUAGGUUAAGUCAUACCAAAGACUGGGUGCUAAGCUAUCUCUGCUUAGCAUUUGGGAAAGAGUAUGGUCACUCACAAAGUACCAAGUCUACAUGCUUAAAUUCAUUCUAAGUUGCUAAUUAUGUAUUAGGAGUGUUUGCAUCUUGUAAAUAGUACAAUUGUACUUCCUUCUGUUUUAUGGUAUUACUUUAUGUACAUUGAUGCCCGGGGCAGCCCCCAUGUGCUUAUAAAUGUUGAUAAGAACAGAAGAAUGCUUGAGUGUAAGUACAUGUACCAGUAGUAACUUCAUGCAGCUUGUUCUUGUUCAUAAACCUGAGUUACAUCAUGAGAUACUUUAUUGGACAUCCAAUAAAGAAUACCAUGACCUGAUCUUGAAGGUUGGAUGUAUAUAUACUGUUUAAGUAAAUAAUUGAAUUGAAAUCUUGAGUCUAUAUGUAUUGCUUUGUUUUGCUGCAUUUGGUGUUGAAUUAAAGAUUUUCCCCUGACACAACUUACUGUGUUCAUGUUGCAU